AUGUACAAAUUAAAAACUCUUCCCUCUCGACAAAUUGACAAAUUCAAAGCACGGUUAGGAGCUCAAGGAUUAUCUCAACAGUUUGGAGUCAAUUACAACGAAACCUUUAGCCCCGUAGCUAAAGUUCCUACAAUUCGCAUACUACUCACACUCGCUCUACACCGCAACUGGCAGAUACAACAAUUGGAUGUCUCAAACGCGUUUCUACAUGGAGAACUCUCCGAAGAUGUAUACAUGAGGCAACCAACAGGGUUCGUUGAUUCUCAGCUUCCAAACCACGUAUGCAAAUUACACAAGUCUCUAUACGGACUUAAACAAGCUCCGCGUCAAUGGUUCAAGAAACUCACCACAUUUCUUCUUCAAUUUGGUUUCAGGUUUAGUCGCUCUGAUCCUUCUCUACUCCUUUAUACAAAUAAAAAUGUGCAUCUCUACUUCCUAAUAUAUGUCGACGAUAUUCUCUUAACAGGAAACGACGAUACAACACUCAAACAUCUUCUCGAACAUCUGCAAGCUACGUUUAAGAUCAAGCAAAUAGCUGCUGUCUCGUUAUAUCUGGGCAUUCAAGUCACGCAAUCUCCAAAUCGGAUACUCUUACAGCAGACUCACUAUGCCAACCAAAUUCUGGACAAAACCGGCUUCUCGAAUUGCAAGCCCGUUGCCACUCCAAUGAUCUCCAAAUCCACACCAACCAGUCACUACAUCCAGCCAUACUCGAACCCAAAGCUCUACCGCACCAUUGCUGGCUCACUACAGUAUCUUUCCAUCACACGACCUGACAUCGCCUUUGUCGUUAACUCCAUUUGUCAACACAUGCACAACCCCAUAAUAAAAGACUUCCUUACUCUUAAAAGGCUGCUAAGAUACAUCAAGGACACUCCUACCAUCGGACUACAGAUUGAUCGACAUGAUCUACAGCUGCGAACAUUCGUUGAUGCGGAUUGGGUGGAAGAUUCUGCAGACCGGAAAUCUAUCACCGGCCACUGCACCUUUCUUGGCUCAACACUAAUCUCCUGGUGUUCCAAGAAGCAAACUACAGUAGAAAAAUCAUCUACCGAGGCUGAAUAUAGGGCACUUUCCUCGGCCGUCUCUGAGGUCCUCUGGCUUCGCCUACUUGUUGAAGAACUCCAUCUUCCGCAGACAUCGCCAACUGUCAUUCACUGUGACAAUACAUCAGCAAUUGCUUUGGCACAUAAUCCCGUCUUCCACGCACGAACGAAACACAUCGAAAUAGACCACCACUUCAUCCGCGAUCAUCUUGACUCCGGGCACAUCUCGGUCACACACCUCAGUUCCAUCGAUCAGAUCGCCGACAUCUUCACCAAACCGCUGUCCGCUACAAG